GCGCCGAUGGCGGGGGCCGGCUGCGGCAGUGCGUCGGAGGAGCCCUCCGUCGCGGAGACUCCGGAGGAGGUGUGGAAGCUUCUCUCCGGGAAGCGCGUGCUCCACGUCAAGGGCUUCGGCGCAGGCCUCGGGGCCCCCCCAGAGGGGCAGAGGGACGUGCAGGAGCGGCAGGACGAAGCCGCUUUUGCUGCCAUCUCGCGGUUCCGCCCCGACUACCUGGUGGUCGACGGCGACCCUUGGAAGGACGGCUUCCAGCGCUACGUCAAGGCCUACGCGGACAGGCAAGCGGGCGCCGGACUGGCGGUGCCGGGGCUGGUCUGGGUGAAGAACGUCAAGGGGAGCUCGCCCACCCCUGAGGAGCGAGACAAGCACCUGAAGAAGGCCCGCGAAUGGGCCGACCAGGGGCUCCAGGUGGUCGUCUCGUGGCUGCCCGAGGCCUCCAUCUCCGAGGGGGUGGACAGGCUGUUCGGGGCGGGCUCCUGGGAGCAGCUGCAGGGGCAGAGGUUCGACUUCAGGGGCGCCCUGCGGCUGCUGCCGCCGGGCGAGCCCGAGGGGCCCGAGUGGCUCCGCGGGCUGAGGGGCAGCGCGCCCGGGCGCGAGCUGUGCCAGGCCAUCGAGGCCGUGGAGAGUCGGCCCGAGCAGCAGGGCUUCGAGACCUGCAGCUUCGAGAACGCCGCGAAGGGCAACGCGAUCUACCAGCACCUGCGGGGCGGGGGGCACCAGCCGGCCGCGCAGGGGGCCGUGAGCUUCGGCGGCGGCGAGAGCGUGCUGCUGGAGUUCGCGACUCUGUACCUCUUGCCAGGCUCCGGCUUCGACGCCGACCAGGCCGCGCUGUUCCCGUUCGGCCGCGGCAGGCCGAGCGAUCCUCUCCUGCCCGCCCACGAGGGCCGGGCCUUCACGGCACUGGGGUCGAUGGCGGCGGCCGACGAGCCGGUGACUGUGCGGGAGGCCGCCGGGGAGCUCCCGGCGGACUCCGUGCUCACCGCGCCGGCGCCGCCGGGCCGCUCGCCGAUCGAGGCCGUCCCGCCCCGCCGCCCCCCGCGGCUCGCCGCCUGGGCCGGCCCGUGGCUGCAGGACUGUGACACACCUGCUCCAUGA